UUCUUGAUGGCGUAUUUUGGGUUAGGUUCGUACUGCGCCAAAGAAACGAAAGGCAACCAAACCAACCCCUUGCCAUCCAGAACUGAUUCAAACCGACUUCUCUCCACUCAAUCUGCUCCUGAAGGUAAUACUAGCAGAAGAAGCAACCAAGCGCAGUGAGCGAGGAGAGGUGGAAAUCGAAACCUAGGCAUGGGGGAUCCGUACGAGAAAGUGAAAGGAGGGAGGCUGACCUUCAAGGGGGGCGCCAUCGCCAGCCUCAGCAAAUCCAUCGACAAGAAGAAGAAGAAGAAAAAGAACAAGAAAAGCAACAAGGACGAAGACACACACGAAGCUCUGGAAGAAGAAUAUCAGCCGGAGGAGGACGAGGACGCUUCUGCCGCUGCCGGCGGCGGCGAAGGGUCGGUCGGAGGAGGAGGAGCGGAGGUGUACACGAUCGAUGCGGCGAAGCGGAUGAAGUACGAUCAGUUGUUCCCCGUCGAGGCCAAGAAGUUUGCUUACGAUCCCAAGUCUAAUGUUAGGUCCGUCGAGGAUGCCCUGGAUGAUCGUGUCAAGAAGAAGGCCGAUCGGUACUGUAAAUAGUUUUUUUCAAGAACAAGGAGUCGGGCACUGUACUGUUCGAAUCCUAUCCUGUAUUCAGGGUUUAUUUGGUUGGGUUCAGCUGGCCCUUUGCCUUCCCCAUUAUUCUGGAAUAUCUUGCACCCAAUUUCGUACUCUAACCCCACAGCAUAUUCAGAGCUUUUAGAGAGAGAUGUAGUGGACACCAUUGUUAGAAAUUGAAGCUUUGAAAUCUUUAUAAGAUUGGCAUUAUGCUUUCUUUUGUUGUUCAAAA